AUGGUUAUUGAAAAAAUGGAAGAUAUUAUUGAAGAUUCAUCAUCAAUGGUUAAUUUAGAAGAAAAUGUUUUAAUAGCAGGUUUUGGUGAUUUACUUGAACGUACUUGGUCUCAUGGUGUUCAUCAUAAACCAAAGGGAAAAUCUGCUUUAUGGAAUCAUAUUAAAUAUUAUGUUAAACUUAUAAAUUAUGAGUCAACACAAAUGUCUCAUGCCGGUCUUCCAGUAACAUUGAAUAAAGAUGAAAAUCCAGCUGUGGUUUGGUGUUUAAUGAGAAAACAAUUAGUAAAUCGUAGUUCAUCAGCUAGUCGAUCUCAAUCUCCCAGUGGUUCUCAUACUCUUCCACGUCCUCAAAUGAGUCUACAUCAAGUACGUUCAUCACCUCUAUUAGCAAUGGCAACUUCAGCAUUCAAUCUUGCUCCAUCCAAUAAUAUGAUGAUAACUAAUCAAUCGAAUACAUCUCUAGCACAUGAUUUUCAUUCUAUUGAAUUAUGUUUUGGACAUAAGCCAGUGUCUGUUUCAGCGUCUGAAAUUGGUUUUGCUCGUGCAUUUGUUCGUUUGGCACUUGAACGUCGUCUUUUAUCUCGUCAUUUAUCUGUAUUAUUUUCUCAUAGUGAUCUUUUACAAGCUUUAUAUAAACGUGAAGCUUUUUUACAUAUUGAUAUUAUUUAUCAUGUUAUUAUUGUUCCUACCAGAGCACGAGCAACAAGAAUUUCUAGUACAACAACUGCUAAUCCAUAUAUUGCAUUAGCUGGUAUUUUGGGAUCAACAAAACGCAAAAAUUUGGGUCAAUUAACAACACUUCGAAUAGGUCAUGAUAAUACUGGUUUAAUGCCUCGAUGGAAUAUUGAUCAUGUUCUUGUUCGAAAUCAAUUAACAAACAAUUUUUAUCGGUUUGUUACUUUUAAUCUUUUCUAACUAUUGUUUUUUUAA